AAUUUUUCAAACGGAAAAUUACCUUAAAACAAAUGAACAAACAAAAUAAAAGGUUGCACGCCUCUCAAACUUCACAGCUCGAAACAUAGACCGAAGUGGGGAAACACCCGAAGGGAUACUGUAAUGGAUCGCAGAGAAAAUCAAUCUUCUGAAGGUGAAACAGCUCGGAUUUUGGUUGAAUUCUUGGAAGUGGCCAUCAAUUCUAUUGUUUUCCUCAAAGGUGUUUACCCUUCUGGCGCAUUUGAAAGAAGGAGAUAUAUGAAUGUGGUCGUUCAAAGGGCUCGCCACACUCAGCUCCGAGAUUACAUACAUUCCACCGUCUCUACUCUUCUUCCUUUUAUCCAAAAGGGAUUGGUGGAGAGAGUAGCAGUUAUUUUUUUCAACGCUGACUGCAUCCCGGUGGAGCGAUUUGUUUUCAAGCUCGUAGUGAACCAGUCCUAUGGCUCAAAGUUGGAAGAAGCUGACCUGGAGUUCUCUCUUAGAUCAUUCCUGAUCAAGCUCUCAGUCUCAGAAUCCCUUACUAAGGCCCUUCCCCGUGACUGCAGGUGGGAGAUAAUUGCUUAUUUUCGAUCUCUUCCUCAGGCUAGUAUGAGCAAGGAUGCAGAGUUAUGGACCCCAACGGACACAAGGCAGUGGCAGCAACCUCCUAUACUGAUCCCUAUUAAGUCAAUGAGUAGCGAACCUCUGUGUCUGCAGUUAUAUUUAGAACAUCCUAGUUCAUCUGAACCAAAGCCUUGAAUGGGGGGAAGUACAAAAAAAUUGCACAUAUACAUCCAUGUACACUUAGGCUGUUAGGCAGAUAGCUCCUUUUUCUUUCUUUUUUGCUUUGUUUACUUUGAUUUAGCAUGACGAAUUAUUAAGAUUGUUGUCAACCUGCUGUAAAAAAUUCUGUUCUCCACUGAGCAUAUAAUAGUUGAUAAACCACCAUGAAUCCAGUA